UGGAUUACGAACCCGGAAGUCGACCGAAAGAGGCAGGAAUAUUUCGCGCCAAAUUGAAACAACGGGACAGUCAGUGUUAGUGGUGGAAGAGACGAGCUGAGAUACAAACCACCAGGCGCUGCUUUGAACGUUUCAGUCGUUAUUUCUCGGUGAAGCUAACAUGGAGGAGGCCAACAAGCUAAUCGGCACGGGCAAGAAGCACCUGGUGAUGGGAAAAGUAGUGGAGGCGGUGAGCACCCUGCAGGAGGCCUGCGGCAUGCUAGCUAAAACGUAUGGAGAUACAGCAGAUGAAUGUGGGGAGGCUUUCUUCUGGUGUGGUAAAGCGCUGCUGGAUUUGGCAAGGAUGGAGAACUCAGUCCUGGGUAAUGCUCUGGAAGGAGUACCAGAAGAGGAGGAGGAGGAUGAAGAAAAACCCAAGGACACCAAUGUUGACAGCACAGAAAACAUUGAUGAGAAGACCAGAGACGAGCUGAGGGUUCAGGUGUAUGACGCCAUGGCAGAGAAGAAAAAUGAAGACGGGAAGCAGGGCGAAGAUAAAGAGAAGACCGGCGACGUAGAAAAGGCUGAGGCUGGUGAUGAGCAACAGAACACGGCGACGGAAGAUGAGGAAAAGAAGAGCAACGUUAAUGGAAGCAAGUCUAAUGAAAGUGAAGACAAGACAGAAAACGACGAGGCUGAGAAAGAAUCGGGAGAUGAGGAAGUGGAAGCAGAAGAUGAGGAGGAGGAAGAAGAAGACGGCGACGAUGCAGAAAUGGAGGGCAAUGCAGAAGAGCAAGGAGACGGCACUGCUGAGAAGGACAGUGAGGAUGAGGAGGUGGGGAACCUGCAGCUGGCCUGGGAGAUGUUGGAAGUAGCUAAAGUCAUCUACAAAAGGAAAGAGGCUAAGGAGGAUCAACUCAUGGCAGCCCAGACUCACUUGAAACUGGGUGAAGUUUCUGCUGAAUCAGGAAAUUACUCGCAGGCGUUGGAGGAUUUCCAGGAGUGUCUGAAGCUGCAGGUGAAGCACUUGGACUCAGACAGCCGCCUGCUUGCCGAGACUCACUACCAGCUCGGUCUGACCUACAGCUUAAAUCUCCAGUACAGCCAGGCCAUCGAGGAGCUGAAGAGUUCCAUCUCUGUCAUAAAGAGCAGGCUGGACAAACUGCAGGAGCUGCUAGACAAGGCCGAGGGCCCGGAGGCUCUGCCAGAUGAGAGGAAGGAGAUGGAGGAGCUGAAGGCUCUGCUGCCAGAGAUCCAGGAGAAGGUGGAGGACGCCACAGAGGGUCUAAAAACAGCGAGCACAGCUGCUGAGGCUAUGAAGGAUGUACAGGAUGGAGGCUCCACUUCCUCUGGGUCCACUGGACAGACUGGUGACUCCUCAUCCAGUUCAAAGAUUAACGGCACGUCGACCAACAGUGUCAGUUCUACCAACGGACAAGCCUCCACAGCUCCAGUUUCUGACAUCUCCCACCUGGUCAGGAAGAAGAGGAAACCAGAAGAGAGUCCAGUGAAGGAGGGCGUGGUUAAGAAGGUGAAGCAGGAUGCCGCUCAGACUAACAGUGUUCACAAAGCCAGCGGAGACACUAACGGACACACCUAACAGUACAGAAGUCGAAAGUCAGUGAAGCUGGACUGGCUGUUUUUUGUCUCCACCCAAGAAGGGAUUCACCAACAUGCCACGCCCUUACUGUUGCUACACUUGUUUGCUUUUGUAAAUAUGUGUAUCUUUUUCUCUGCCUGUUAUGUUAGUGUUUGUUCUCACAUGUAACCUAUUAAGUUCAAUAAAGAAUAUUAUUUGAUAAAA